AUGGAAAGAUUGGACCUAUCCCCCCUGCUGUUCUAUGAUGAGGACAUAAAAGAGGCCCAGAACGGACCUGACGACAGGGGCAACCUCCUCUACCCCACGGGCCCCAGGCUGUGUGUUCUGGACAGAGAGGCCGUCGGAUUCGGGUUCAACCUGUGUUGUGCCCCGGAUAAGCCGGGGACUUUUAUUGGCCAGGUGGCAUCGGGGGGCUCUGGCCAGAGGGCUGGUCUGCUGCGGGGUGACGCCAUUGUGGAGGUGGAUGGGCAGAAUGUGGAGGACAGGUGAGGGCAUUGGUCAAAGCUUGCUUGACACUGCUCAAACUCGUGGUGAGGGAGAGGACAGAAGGUGACCACCUCGGGAGGAACAGACCCCCAGUGUAACAGGUUGGGCAUACGACACACAUACACACACACCCACACAUAAACACAAAUGUUAUGCUUUGGCCGAGGGAUUCACCUUUUGGACCCGAAAGCACUGCAGAUUCCUGACACUGCAGUAAUGUUUGUGUUACAGUUGUCCUUGCUUCUUCUGUUUACGUCCGGCCUCUAAAAGUCAGAUGAAACCCCUUUUUCAUGCAUGCUGCUACACAUCUAUUGUGGGAAGAUGUAUUUUCUGUAUUUAUUAUUUGGUCUGAAAUUGAAAAAGUGAAAAACUGCUUUUUUUUUUUUUUUUGCAUGAUUAUUAA